GCCAACGCGUCCCCGGGAGGAACCGCGGAGCCGCGAGGGCUACGGCGCGCUCGCCGCCUCCACCCUUCCUCCUCCGCCCGGUGGCCGCGCCCUCGCCGCUCUCUCGCCGCCCCCGAGACAAAGAGCCCGGAAAGUUCGCGCGGCGAGUGGGUCAGGUGAGGAGGGCGCGCCGCGGAGGCCCGCCGAGCCCCCGGCCCGGCGCCCGGGGCCGAGCGCACAGCCCGCCCCGCAACCCGUCCGCAGACCGCGCAGAGGAGCGCCCGGCCCCAGGCGCCGCCCGCCCCGCCGACCCCCCCAGCCCACCAUGGGCGCCGCGGCCCGCAGCCUGCGGCUGGCGCUCGGCCUCCUGCUACUGGGGACGCUGCUUCGCCCGACCGACGCCUGCAGCUGCUCCCCAGUGCACCCGCAACAGGCGUUUUGCAAUGCAGAUGUAGUGAUCAGGGCCAAAGCGGUCAGCGUGAAGGAGGUGGACUCUGGGAACGACAUUUACGGCAACCCCAUCAAAAGGAUUCAGUACGAGAUCAAACAGAUUAAGAUGUUCAAAGGCCCUGACAAGGACAUAGAGUUUAUCUACACAGCCCCCUCCUCGGCGGUGUGCGGGGUCUCGCUGGAUGUCGGAGGAAAGAAGGAGUAUCUCAUUGCAGGAAAGGCCGAGGGUGAUGGCAAGAUGCACAUCACCCUGUGUGACUUCAUCGUGCCCUGGGACACCCUGAGCACCACCCAGAAGAAGAGCCUGAACCACAGGUACCAGAUGGGCUGCGAGUGCAAGAUCACACGCUGCCCCAUGAUCCCCUGCUACAUCUCCUCCCCGGACGAGUGCCUCUGGAUGGACUGGGUCACGGAGAAGAACAUCAACGGACACCAGGCCAAGUUCUUCGCCUGCAUCAAGAGAAGCGAUGGCUCCUGCGCGUGGUACCGCGGGGCGGCGCCCCCCAAGCAGGAGUUUCUCGACAUCGAGGACCCAUAAGCAGGCCGCCAGCACCCCUGUGGCCAAUUGAAAAGCCUCCAAGGGUUUAGACUGGUCCAGCUCUGACAUCCCUUCCUGGAAACAGCAUGAAUAAAACAGUCAUCCACAUGGGUCCAAAUUAA